AGAAUAAAUGCAAGAGAUUAAACAAAUACCAUCAUUUCUAUAAAAAUUAUAUGAAAUACUUGAAGUAAUACAAAAUUUGUUAUUUUUGAGUCCGACUAAUCAGCAAUUGGAUGGAAUAAAGAUGGGACCACAUUUUAGAUUUUGGAUUCAUCCUUAUUGACUGAACAAAUAAUGCCUCAGUAUUUCAAACAUCGCAAUUAUCAGAGCUUUCUGAGGUAAUUACUCAUCAAUAUAGAGUUAGAUAACUCAAUAUGUAUGGAUUUAAGAAGCUAAAAAAUAAACAUGGUAAAAGUGAAUUCCAACAUUCUCAAUUCAGAAGAGGUCUCAAGUAUUGAAUUUGAAUAACAUUUAUAGGAAUAAUUUAUCGAAGAUCAAAAGAAGAAAUUAAGAUGAUAUUAAGCAAAGUUUGGAAUCUUUAACCAAAGAAUUCGAAUAGGAGUCCUAUCUCAAUGAACACGAAAAGCUUCGCAAGUAGCUGGUAGAACUAUAUUCAAACCAAAGAUCUCUCUUGGAUGAGAUCAGACGUUAGAUGGAACGCAACAUAAAUCUACAACGUGAGACUCAAGUUAUUACUGAUGUAUAAAUAUUUUCUAUCUCUUAGAGAAUCAACACAGUUAAAAGUUAUCACCUUAACAAACUAGAUAAACUAAUUAUCAUCAUUUAGAAACUCCCUGAAGAUGCACAAAUCAGUAAAAUGGCUUUGAUGAAGGAAAAAAUCCUCAGAAAAUUGGAACUCAUUGAGGCAGAGAAUGUCUGUAUGAAAGAAAUUUCCUUAGAAAAACAAGACUCUUCCAUGUAUCAAGAACCCAAUCUAACCGGAGUCAGGAGUCCUGCUGGAUACUCACCUAAAACUAAAUGAAACCCUAUAAUAUUUAUAUAUUUUCCAUAAUCG